AUGGAGCUUUUAUUUCUCUUCUUUCCUGCUUCUAACCUCUCCUACCUAGCCAUUGAAAGCAAACGUAGUUUCGACAACCCCCACUACUCUUUAGACCUUUUCGUCCACAUAUACUAUCACCAUGGAAAAAUCAACAAUAAAAAAUCCAAUACAGACAUCUUCAUGAGCAUCAAACCUGAGCACAUGCGAAACAUCGCCUCGCGAUCUAAAAACCAUGAAUACCGCAGCUAUCUUCUCCCAUCAAAUAUCCAGCGAAUCUGGUUCUACACCUCCAGCCCCGUGCAGUGUAUUGAAUACGUCGCACAUAUAUCCCAGGGCAAACGUCCAGGAGAUGUGCCUGAAGAUGGCGGCAUUGGAAACAUUGAGUUCAACGAGAGCUUGAAGCUCUCCGGUUACGGCUAUGAGAUUCUUUCACUGUGGAAGAUCAACGAACCUAUCAGCUUGAAGAAGGCUAUCGAGGAGGGUUUCCUCAAGGGUCCACCCCAAAAGUAUUGUUGGGUAUGUCUGGAAUUUCUGGAGAAAUAUCCACUGGAUCAACUGAAUCAGUUGUUCUCGACAGUCGGGUGA